AUGGAGGUGCUGGAACGGACCGGAAUCAUUGGCAUCCACGCCAUGCUGAGGCAACUGUAAGUGUGCUAGCGCGGCCACCUCGUGAAGAUGGCGAUGGUGGAUUACCUAAAUGAAUUUUCUACGUUGAUGUCGCUACGAGUGCUAAUCGAUAACAAAAACAAAAAACGAUGCUAUAAAGCCACCCUAUGAACUUCCCUUAAGGAGCUCCAUAUCGGUCAGGCGACCUGGGAGGAUCUAGAAAAGUGCAGUAAAGAUUUCAGCAGCAACAUACGAAGCCAGGCGGAUCACCGGUGCCAAAACCAACGGGGCGGCCUGCAGGUCGCAAGCACCUCCUAUCCGCAGCACAACCACCCAAACCUUCCUAUUGUGUCUCCGUUUUCGGCGGAUGUUCUGCAUGCAGAUCGGUCUCGUCGGACAUCUGCAAACCAACUAAGGACACCGCAACCACUUGCAUCGUCGCAACUGCUAUAAACCUCAAGACGACGAUGGCCACCACCUCCACCAGCGGUGAGAACUCUCCCGUUACCCCGCCGCCACCGCCACCAUCUAUCCCAAUCAUAACUACCACAACCUCCGCGGCGACAGCUACCACUCUUCCUACUCUCACCACCUGUGUGACCAUCCUAGACGUCCAGCCAGGUACCAGCGUUACUACCUCCGCCGCCACCACCAGCAAUGCGGACUCAGUUCCAACGUGUCCUAAUUGCGAUCGCACCUCACUCACGGACCUGAUCGUUAAUUUGCGAAUCCGUGCCAUUGAGACCGAUGAACCAAUCCCAGGAGCCCCGUCAUGCAUCCUACUCACCCGCCAAAACUGCCCACACUGCCCAGGCACAUUCACUCACCGUAUGGGUCAAUUCGGCCCAAUUAGCAUCCACGACAAUGGAGUUUACCGUAAUGUCGACAUGUAAGACCCACUUUGCACGUCCCACAACCCUCCAACUUCCAGUUCUGCCAACUCUCCCUCCGCCAUUGUCGCCGCCACUAGUAGCAUCGCCAUUACAACCAAGUCAACCAUUCCCAACCUACCCUUCCUAGGCUGUCAUUGCAGUCGCACAUCACGCAUCGGCCUGGUCAGUCACUUUCGAAUCCAUCGCGCUGAGAGUGGCGAACUAGUGUCAGGGGCACCAGUACACACUCGCCUCACUCGGCAUAACUGCCUGCGCUGGUCAAGAAUAUUCAGCUGCCGCAUGGGUCUGCCCGACCACAUGCCACUCCAUGUAAAUUUGCGGCAAGCCACUCCAGGCAAAACUCCACCAAUGCAUACUUUACACCGGAACUCGUCACACCUCGCCCACCACAGGUACCGAAUGGGCAUGUGGGAGGCGUGUAUUUUAGCUCCUUCUCCGUGUGGGCUGUAUGGUACUUUAAGGCAUAUGAGAUCCGAGCAGCUCAUCCCCUUUGUGUCAAGACCUGGUGUGUUGUCCGGGGGCCAGGUAGCGUGCGGCGAUGCUCAGACGAGCUAUAUCAGCUCUGUCAGCCACUUGCCACCCGUCUCAGCCCCAAUCGCCUCAGACAAUCGACUGGUGCACGGGACAAGGAAGAGAGAGUGGACUCGAUGCUGGGGACGCCAUCCCUACGGCAUUUCAACGCAUUCUUCUCGAUCAAUAAAUCGAACGCGCGUAAACCGUGGCUUGGGACGUUCGCAACUGACGAGAUAACUCGGUUCUACUCUUAGGACGGAAAGUCAGAUCGAGAUGACCCCUUCUUAAUGUGACCUCUUUAACACUCUCACUGAGAUGGGAUCCUAUCCGUCUUUCUUAUUUCGGUGAAAACCUGGUCUACCGUGAGCGGAACAGGCAUGUGUGGCACUCGUAGGUGGGCCGCUUAGCUCUGCUAGCCACUGCGCCUGAUCCCACUUCCGAUCUUCUUGACUGUCCUGACAAUGGGAUGAGUGCUGAGGGAGGUUGGAGUGUAGUGGAUGCAGCGAAAGUCUAUCAUCAGUAUGGAAUGCCGUAUGCGACCGUAAGUCUCGUUAUAGCUUGUCGCUACUUUCCGAAAAUAUUUGUACGAAAAUCUAUGCUUUUUUCUUUAGAAUAUCAUGCUAACAAUACAACAACAGUUUUUUGAAAGUGUUAAAAUUGUUUGCCAUGAAAAAAUAGUGAGGUAGUAAUUUAGCUCAGUCCCAAUGUCCUCCCACCCCUGCACAUCGCUGUCAAGUUGGAAAUGACCAGGUCAACAGUUCACGGCAUUUUCGACCGUUAUAAGAAUUUCGGCCGCAUCGACAGGAAGCCUGCUGAUGGAAAAACAAGAAAGUUCGUACUCCUCGUCUUAUAUAGUCUGUCCCGGAUCGUACUCGUUAUAAUCCAUUCAGUAAUAUAAGGAAGAUGACCUUGGAGCUUGAGGUUUCGGAGCACACGGUCAGGAAUGUCGUGAAAAGGGCCUGAAGGCUAGGUCAAGGGCUAGGACCAAGAAGCAUCUCGUUACUGAGGCUGUGAAAGAAGAGAGACUCGAAAGAAGAGAAUCUUAAACCUCCUCAAGAAAGGAUCACAGACGGUGUUCUACUCCAAUGAAAGACUCCUCACGGUCGAUUCGGUGUCCAACAGUCGGACAGAUCGCUACAUAAGCCUUCUGAAGCACAAAGAGGUACCUGACAAUGCUAAAUAUAAGUUUCAGAGCAAACAUCCCGCGUCUGUGAUGGUUUUUGGCCUGAUUGCCUCAGACGGCAAAGUCAUGCUCCCUGUGUUCAUCAAGGCGGGGGUCAGAGUGAACACAGACGUGUACCUGAAUGUUCAUCAGAAGCAUGUCAUGCCUUCGAUAGAUUCUAUCUAUACUCUAGACGGCGAUGUGGUCUUUCAGCAAGAUGUUGCGGCCGCCCCGCUUAGGUCACGGAAGGCGCAGAAGCGGCUAGAAGACCACAUGCCUUAUUUCUGGCACAAGGAUAUGUGGCCACCUUCCUCUAACAAGCCUCAUGACAGCAUUGAGGCCCUGAAGGUCUCCAGUGCUAGAGAGUGGAACAAGAUGUCACCGGAGUACAUCAGGAACACGUGCACCACGUUCAGAACAAGAAUCGAAGAAGUCAUUGCUAACAAUGGAUCUCCUAUUGAAUAG